CAAGUUAUAAUGUCGUAAAUCAUAAUUAAUAUUUUGUAUUAUAUAUUUUAUUAUUUUGGUGCAAUGUAAAAAAUGGCUUUAAUCAUAAAUAAAGAAUAUUAACCUAACUUAAUCCUGUUUCUCUUCGUAAAAAAAGCGUGUCGACGAAUUUCCAGACACGCUCCGAAUCCGGACGACGUACCAAUAUUACGAUAGUAUACAUUUAAAUUUAUUACAUUCAUAUAUUAUAUUAUUGUAUUAAUAUAUUUAUAUCUAUUUAUAUCUAUGAUGCUCAGUUUUUUUAAAGGGAAUUGUCUAGCACUCCGGUUGCUCUAGAUAGUUUCUGAACGCGUCCCUAUGUUAACAAGAUAGUAGUGUCCGUGGUAGUUUCGUGUUUGUGGUUUAUACGCGUAUUUUGAUAGCACCAUGGCACUACUUAUCAAAUAUUAUAAUUCUUUCAAAAAUAUUUUUAAUUUUGCAUUAAACGAAACUUUUAGAUUUGCCUUUUGUAAAGUUUUUAGUGUUAUUUUCAAAAUGGAUGAUCAAAACGCGGAACAAAAGUCUGAUAGUUCCGAUUCCUGUGAUGAAGCCGAAAUAUCAAAUUACGUUUUAUACCGCGAUAGACCCGAAUGGAAGGAUGUACAUCCCAUUCCUCAAGAUGAUGGUUCAGCUCAAGUUGUAAGGAUAGCAUAUUCUGAAAAAUGUAAAUAGCAUUAAAUUAUAUAUUACAAAUGUAAACUAUUUGUAUCAUUACAUUGUUUGCACUACUAACUACUAAGUAUUUAAAUUUCCAUUUUGAUAUUUGUUUGUUUAAUAUUUUAAAACUAAUGACACUUGUUUUGUAUCAUUUAAUUUAGUUACAGAUGUAUUUGACUAUUUUAGAGGUGUUCUUAAAUCGGGAGAAAAGUCUGAAAGAACACUUGGCUUAGUUACUGAUGCCAUAACAUUAAACCCAGCAAAUUAUACAGUAUGGAUUUAUCGGUAAACAGUUUGUUAAUAUUAUGACAUAACAUAAACUAAAAGACAAAUCUAGUUUAGCACUUCAUGAUUUUUACAUUUUUUUUUUUUGAAAAGCAAAGUUACUAACUUAUCUACCCUGGCCCAUUUCUAUUCACAUACUGAUGCAAGAAUUUUAGCCUUCUAAAUGUAAUCCUAAACCACACCAUGCAAGAUCAGAUGCGUGGCACUCAAUAUUAUGCAAUUAAAAAUGCUAAAACUCAAAACUAAAUUUAAUCAUAAAAUUAUCAUAUUUUUUUUGUUUAUUAAUUUUGUAUAGUUAGAUUUCAAAAGAAAAAAGUGAAAAAAACUCCUCUGUAGUAACAUGUUUUCUGUUUUCCUCUUUUGUAUUACAUCAUAAAUUCCUCCUUUCAAGUCUUACGACUUUAAAAGUAAGUCCGACUACCCAAUUUUGAUUAUAUCGUCAUAUUUUGUCUAAAUAUAAGAAUAAUUUUUUUUAAAUAUUGUGAAGCAGUUCUAAACUAGAUUUAUAUAUAACUGAAGAAUAAUGGGUUUUUUUUUCGUUUUAGAUUAGAAAUUGUAUUAUUUUUAAAAAUAGACUUGCAUGAGGAAUUAAAAUACAUAUCAAAUGUGAUCCGCGAAUUUACCAAAAACUAUCAAGUAUGGUAUGUAAUAAUAUAUUUAUACAACUUGAUUCACUUUACUAUUAAAUGAUCACUAUAUAAGUAUUUUAUUGUUAGAUAAACAAAAUUCAAUAUUUUCUUUUUUUCACUGUAAAAUGUGUCUGCUUGUAUAUCAAUGUGUGGUCUCAUAAAAUCUGUGGUCUAUGGAUGAUUUUUGUAUUGUAGUAUUUGACCCACAAGUCAAAAUACAUUUUUUUUUUAUUUACCAAUAUAUAAAGAGAGAAUAUGUGUUUUAAAUGUUCACACCUCGAACCUUAAACCGUUGUAAUUAGCUAAUUUUCAAUUUUUUUGUCUUUAACCUUCUUACAUUACCGUAGUGUUUAUAAUUCACAAACAUUUCUUAUUUUUCAUUUUAAAAAAAUUGUUAAUCACUUUUUAAAUGCGCUUAAAAUUAUCUUUGUACACUCCGAAGGGACCGAAAAUAAUGACUGCUAUUUAGAGGUGACUGUUCUUUAGAGGUGUCUUAUAAAGACAUAACACUUGAUGGGACCAAAAAAAAUAAUGUUACAUAGAGGUGAUCGUUAGUGGAAGUUUGACUGUAAUUAGUUUAAAUCUUGUGUCUUAAAAAUUUUUCUACUGGUGUAUAAUAUAUCUGGUGGCUACCCGAAAACUGCUUCUGCAAGAGAAUUAAAGUUCCACAGACCAUUAGUUUAAGUUUAAUAGAAUUAUUCAUUUAUUGAAAUAUUAAACUGGCUUGGACAAAAUUACAUAACUUGAGUAUUUUAAAUACAAAUUUUAUUUCAAAAAUAUAAUUUUUAUUCAAUUUUUUUUAAUGUGCAUAAGAAAUUAGAUUUUUAGAAGUAUGAUUUUUAAAAGAAAGAAAAAAAUUAAUCAGAACAGAUCAAUUUUAUAAAUAUUUAUUUACAAUGUUCAUAAUUCGUAGCUGUGUUGUUUUAAUUGCAGGAUUUGUAGUUUGAGAUUUUAAAUAAAUAGGUAAAUAGGUUCAUUGAUCAUGUGCAACUAGAAGAAAAUUGGAAAGUUAUAAAUUAAUAUUUCUCCCAUACGGCUUUGCCCGUGAACAGUAUUAAAUUAAAACAAAUUUGUAUGAAUGAUAAUGUAUUCCUUCGUUUCUAAUCCUGUACAGUUAAUUAUUGUCCUAAAAUAAAUUUUUUAUAAAAAUUACGUACUUACCUGUGAUAACAUUACAACAAUUAACUUUAAUUUUAAUAUCAUAAAGAGACAGCAAGUUUUUUUGUUGUUAUUGGUAACUAUAAAAACUUGUCUAAACUCUUUCGCUUUAUAUAAUAUUAAGAUUAAAAAUGUUAAUUAUCUGUUCUUAAGUUGUUAUGGGCAAAAUUAAAGUUUUUAAAAAUAAACUUUAACUUGAACCUAAAACAAUCAUGAAAAUAAAUUGUAACAUUUUAGUCCACAUUAAAAAAAACCCCCUUGAAAAUUGUAAAUCCUAAUCCUACAAUUUGUUUAAAAUAGUAACCUUAAAUUUUGUUAAAAAUAAUAUUAUUGCUCAUACUUCUUUUAUUUUAAUGGUCUAACCAACUUCCUAAGUUAAAACAUUAUUGAUUAUGCUAGUUGAUAAUAUUAGUACCUAUAUAAGUUUUGAGCUUUAGUUAUUAACACUGAUUGGUAUAAUACAAAAGUAUAUACUCAUGGAAACUAUAGAACACAAUUAAACAUGAUGACUGCAUAUUGGCAAAUAAUAAAUUUUCUUAACGAAUUGUCUAGUAUAAACAUAAUCUGAUUUUAAUUUAUUGUUUUUUAACUACUAAAAUCAUAGGCAAUAUCGCAAGAAUAUUGUGGAAAUGUUGAAUGAUCCAUCAGGUGAAUUAGAAUUUACAGCAAAUAUUUUAGACAUGGAUGCUAAAAAUUACCAUGCUUGGCAAUACAGACAAUGGGUUCUCAGUACAUUUAGGUAAAACAUACAUGUAUAUAUAUAUAUAUAAUAAAACUGAAAUGAAAUACAAAGAUAAAAUAUAUUAAUAAAGUAUACAAUGAUUAAUUAUUAUAUAAACUAUGUUUUAAAAACAUAGGUAUUUCAAAUAGUAUUUAAUUUAUGUUUACUUUAGUCAUCUAAUGGAAAAAGAGAUAGAAUUUGUUGACAAAUUAAUAUCACAAGAUAUGAGAAAUAAUUCAGCAUGGAAUCAACGUUAUUUUGUUAUAAAUAAUUUAGAUUAUAAUUCUGAAAUGAUUGAAAAUGAAAUCAAGUAUACCUUUGACAAAAUAACAAGUUUAUCAAAAAAUGAAAGUGCAUGGAAUUACUUAAGAGGGUAAUUGUGAUAAAUAAAUAUGUCUGAAAAAUAUAAAAUUUAACUAAUCAUUUUUUGUAUGGCAUAUAGAUUAUUAUUGUACUCGGAAAAUGGAGUUUUGGAAAAAAGAGUUCGCGAUUUUUGUACACAAUUAUAUAAUAAGGGAAAUAGAUCAACACAUCUCAUGUCUUGUAUGGUUGAUUUUAUUGAUGCAGAUGUAAACUCUACAGAACCUGAAAAUAUUGAAAAAGUUAAAUUUGCGUUAAAAGUAUGUGUUAUAAGUAUAUUUAUUCAAUAGAUAAAAUUGUACAGAAAUUAUUUUUGACUAUCAAUAAUAUUAUUUUGUUUUAGUUGUGCUGUGAUUUAGCAACAGUUUUUGAUCCUAUACGUCGAUUUUAUUGGGUAUAUAUAUCUGGUGAACUUGAAAAUAAAUACAAUAUUAAAGAACAUGAAUUUAAAAUCAAAGUCUUAGAAAAUAAAUAGAAGAUUUAAAUAAAACACAAAUAAAUCUUUUUAAUCAUAGUGUACCUUGAUCCGAUUGUUUAAUUCUAAGUUAAAUUCUAAGUAUUGAAUAACAUUUAUAAUUAUUUUAUAAUUGUAUUUUGUAGAAACGAAUUAAAGUAAAUUGUAUAAAAUGUUUAAAUAUUCAAACAUCAAUCAACACAUUUUGAUAACCAAAAUAAUAGGUCUUUUUAAUUAUUAAUAAUUAUUAUGGAUUGUUAGUUUUUGAAAAUAAGUGGACAUUUUUUUUUAAAAUAAUUCUUUGAGUGUGUUUCAGGGUUAUACAGAUUAUAAUAUAAUUAUUUUAAUUUAUUGUCUUUUUUAGAUUAAAAAUAAUAAACAUCUAUAAAUAAUUAUAGUAUUUAUUGUUUAUUAUUUACUGUAGUAUUAAAUUAUUAAGACCAAUUUUGUUAUAAUAUAAAUUCAUUUUUAUUUUGAAACAUGUUUAAUUUGAUUUACUUGUCUUAUUACGAGUACUAUUGUAGCUACUGUAAUUAUAUAAUUUACAUUUUGUGAAAAUGUUCAAAGGGUUUCAAACCCGUUUAUUAUAAUAAAUUAUCUAAACUCUAAAACAAGGGAAACUGGUCCAGCAGUAUACCUGGAGAAAUCCUGAUGGCCUGGUAUGAGAUUUGUGCAAGGUUUGAUUUAUAGUUAACAACUAGAAAUUGGAAUAUAAGAAC